AUGGCAACAGUCGUCUAUAACUAUUUCAGCGAGAAUUUUGGAUAUGUCAACAAUCAUAAUGAUGUUCAAUACCAAAGAAGAUAUGAAAGCUUUUCAACUAAAGAUUUGAAAAAAUCAUUAAAGAAAUUAAAAUUAGAAAACGGAGAUAUCUUGGAGAUCAAGUUUGUCGCAAAGAAACUGCGCAACCUUCUUAAUAAGUCUAAUACUACGGACCCAAAUAACACUGAUAGUCAUGCGUCUGCAAAUAUUGAUCACGACAGUCUGAUUG